AUGGGUCUGAAGCUGCUCGAGUCCCAACUAUGUUUCCUGCUGCUGCUGGGACUUCUCCUGAAGGUGCCCUCAUUCCAGGUUCCACCUGGUUUAACUCCUUCCCGGUGGUUUAUAAUCCAGCAUAUAAGGAAUAGUACUACCAUCCAAUGUAAUGCUGCAAUGCUGGGAGUUAACAGAUACACAAGAAGAUGCAAGGACAUAAAUACUUUUCUUCAUACACGUUUUGCUAAUGUUGUUAAAGAGUGUUACAAUAGAGAUACUAACUGCAAGAACGAACGAACAAUUUGUCAUGAUAGUUCAUCUCAGGUAUCUAUAACUUACUGUAACCUCACAACUCCGUCGGCAAAUUACAUAAAAUGCAGAUACCAAACAACACACGACGUGAAGUCCUACACAGUGGCUUGUGACAGCAGAACCCCACAAGACAAGCUCACCUACCCAGUGGUCGUGGUUCACUUGGAUGGGAUAUUUUAGAUAGCUCCAGCACCACCACUUUGUACCUUUGCUCAUCAGCUAGUGCCAGGAAAAUCCUAGUGCUGAAGAACCCAUUCCUUGGCUGCGCUGCCUAUCAGGACCUGUCCUCA